ACAUAUUAAAAUGAGACUUCUUGUCCUAACCAGUAAUAACAUUGUAUCUCUCCCAGUGGCUACGUGAGAACUCCUGAAGAGGGAACAUGAAACCAAACUGUGUAACAGAAGGUAAGCUGUGGGCGUAAUGUCUCUUGAUCAUUCCACACUCCAGAGCCCGACUUCAAAGCCUUUCAACAAGAGAAAGAAAAAUAGGUUUAGCCAUUUCCCCCAUUGUGAGCCCCUUUGACUGGGGACCCCUUUUCUUUUGAUCUGUCGCACCCCUUAAUUUCUCCUAAUUUCAGAUUGCCCAGGACAACACGCACGACUGCCUCCUGUAUAAUCCUGUCCGACGCUGUUUUUUUGUGUGUUUUCUCGUGCCGCUCUCGUAGCUCCAUGUCCGUCGCCGCCGCCGCCCGCCCUCUCCCCCUAGGAGGUGACCUUCAAAGGCUCUGCUCCGCGCGAUGGACGACCGGCUGAGUGACGGAGAUGGACGGAAUCAAAGGACGCGCUCCCGUCACGGUGACCAGAUGAAGGGACGUCUACCUUCCUCCAGCAGCGAGGGGGCGUACACUUCAGCAUGUUGAUGUUCUUCACAGCAAAUUGACGCACAACCUCUGGAAUUACCCCCCCCCCCCCAAAAAAAGAAAGGAAAGAAGAACCACCGCUUGUGCACGAUUUCAUGAGAGAGCUCAUAUGCUGACGGCUCAUCCCUGUGAUGCUUGUUAUGAGUUGUCCGUCCACCACCGAUGAGCCGGAGAGAUGCAGCAGCGAGGGAAGCGGCUGCACCGCCUCCUCCUCCGUCACCACCUCUGACCCGUCCUCCGUGUCCGGACACGGUCUCGCCGCCCUCCCUCCCGUCGACGAAGCCCCUCGCACCUCCGUGCAUGAAGCUCCCCCGCCUCCUCCCCUGCCGCCGCCCGCCUCCGCCAACCACAACGCGCGGAGGAAGUGCCGCGUCCGCAGCUUCUUCUGGAAGACGAUACCGGAGGAGAAGGUGCGCGCCAAGCCCAACAUCUGGACGAUGGCGGUGCGGCAGCAGCAGUACCAGAUCGACGUCCGCUCGGUGGAGGAGCUGUUCGGGCAGCAGGAGGACGCGGGCGGGGGGGCGCCGGCCUCCGGUGCGUCAACCCGCGUCUCCAGGAAUUGCUCCUUCAAGGAGAGCGUCAAGGCUGAGAUCAACAUCCUGGACUCCAAGAGGGGGAUGAACGUGGGCAUCUUCCUGAAGCAGUUCAAGAAGUCCAACCGCUCCAUUGUUGACGACAUCCGGCAGGGAGACGGAAAGAUGUACGGAGCGGAGCUGCUCCGGGAUCUGCUGAAGCUGCUGCCCGACGUGGAGGAGAUCAGGAAGCUCCAGGCGUUUAAAGGAGACCCGGACAAGCUGACACUGGUCGAUUCCUUUAUGUUCCUCUUGAUCCAGGUGCCUCGGUUCGACGUUCGGAUCGAGGCCAUCGUCCUCCGAGAAGAGUUCUCCCCUUCCUGCGCUGUGAUGAGCCGCGAGAUUGAUGUCGUCCGCCUCGCCACCAAAGAGCUGAUGAGCUGCGAGGAGCUUCAUGCCAUCCUGCACCUGGUGCUGCAAGCUGGAAACAUCAUGAACGCCGGCGGUUACGCCGGCAACGCCGCGGGCUUCAAGCUGUCGUCCCUCCUCUCGUUGGCCGACACCAAGGCCAACAAGCCGGGGAUGAACCUGCUGCACUUUGUCGCCAUGGAGGCAAAGAAAAAAGACGAGAAGCUGCUCACGUUUCCAGAGAAACUUCAGGACGUCCAGAGCGCAGCCAGAAUCUCAGUGGAAAACAUCGAGGUGGAGUUUUCCUCCCUAUAUGUCCGGAUUAAAACCCUGGAGGUGAAAGUUCAAGGAGACGAGGAGCUCCUGCAGCAGCUGGAGCCCUUUCUGCAGAAUUCGUCGCAGACGCUGCAGGACCUGAAGAGACGCAGGCUGGAUCUGCGGACGGAGGGCAGCGCUCUCAUCGACUUCUUCUGCGAAGACACGGAGACCUUCAAGCUGGACGAGUGCUUCCGCAUCUUCCAGGACUUCUGCAUCAAGUUCAAGAAAGCUGUGAAGGCCAACGCGGACCGCGAGCUCAAGGAAGCGGCCCGACAGCGGCGCCUGCUCGAGCUGGAGGAGAAGCGCUUCGCCUGGUUGGGGGCGGAGCAGAGCGCCGGCUUCGGUCGGAGCAGCAGCGAGAGCGACGUGGAGAUGCUCACCAAGGAAGGCCUGCUGGACUUCUUCCAGCAGCGGUCUCAGAGUCCGCUGGGACGCUCCGCCAGCGCCCGCCGCCACCGCCACACCAUCCCCUCCACCGCCGACCGAGAGCUCCAGGGGUACCUGGAGCUCUUCGGGCGCUCGGGGAAUCCCGGCGACUACUCCAAGUACAACAGCCUACCCCGGGCGGGCCGCGCCGCGCAGCGGAGGACCGCGCCCUGGAUCUCGGGCCAGGACGACAACCGCGAGCUGGGCUGCGACCGGCGGGCGGCGUCUCCACGCGCCGACGCUGAGGCCGUCAGCCCGCUGGCCCGGUUCUCCUCCUCCGGGCUAAACGACAACGAACCACACAACAACAACGACGGCAAUUACCCGCCCGCGUCGGAGGGCGGCGCUCUGCCUCGUCCCUUUUGCGUCAGUCAGAAGUCCUCCCAGCUCCCCAGCCCGCCGGCGAGCGGCCACAUGAGCGUGAGCGUCGAGGCGCACACUUUAGUUCGAGGCCCGCGAGCUUUCGACCUCCCGAGUCCGAACAACAACAGUCAUCCGGUGCACUUUGUCAACCGGGGGGACGUCGUGGUCACCGAUUUGGAAAAGGGCAGACAGCCUCUUCCUGUACAUUCGGACAUCCUUCUGCAUCAUCACGUUUCAGAAAGAGAAGCAGGUCCCAAGGUGGCCUGGGGAGGGCAGAUGGAUCCUCCCACCCCAGCUGGCGUCACCCCUGAGAGAGAAGAAGAGGACAACAGCACCGUUUCAUCAACGACCUGCGAUACGCCCCUCCCACUUGACCCGUCGGGAUCCAGUCAGAAGCCAGCGGUUUAUAUCCCCGACUGCACAGAAACGGACUGCUCCGUCACCUCCGAUUACUCCGAGGUCGAUAGCUCGUCCGUAACCAAAGAGGGACUUUAUGUCAGACCCAUCGGCUGCGGGACAUCCGAUCAGGAGGGCAAGCGAGAGCCGAGCCCCCCGUCCUCGAACCUGGAGUCCGUGUCGCCCGACGACCGGUCCGAUGAGCUUUCGGCGCCCGACUCUGCGGACGCGGCGUCGUCCGCGGCUCCGUCCGCCGCCACAGAAGGGUGGGACACGGAGAGCUGCGACACGGCCGAGGGGAAGCAAGGGGCGGAGAAAGACGCCCAGGCGAAGAGCAGAGCCGACAACAAAGCGCCCAAGAGCGGCGGAGGGCGCGGCCUGCGAACGCUGACCAGCAGCGAGAGCCAGGGCAUGAGGAAAGUGGCGCCCAUCACCGAGCUCACGGGGGGCGGCAAGGCGCGGCCUCUCCGUGACCAGAGCACGCCGGCGAGAGGACGGAGCGAGAGGACCGCGAGACCUCCUCGGCACUCCAGCCUGCCUCCGGAAGAGUCCGAGGACCAGGGGGGGGGCCUCGCCGCGGGCGGCGCGUCGAGGUGGGCACGCGACUCGACCCCAAGGAAGUUCUCCGUCGGCAGGCCGAGCGCCAGACCGCCGAGGAGCGUCCCCAAGCCCGAGGAGAAGAUGUGCCGCUCCACCAUGAGAGCGCUGGCCCAGGCCCUGGCUCAGGGCGGCGCCUCCUCCGAGAACAGCAGCUGCCACGCGCUCGGCGCCAAGAGCGGCGCCGACGUCCCCGGCUUCGCCCGCAACACCGUGGCUUCGACCUCCAGGACCAAGAAGGAGCUGGCCGACCCGUCCGUCCCGUCCCUCCCCUCCACCCCGUCUCGCAGCCCCUCGCUUCCAGCUCGGCAAAGCCCGGCGAAGCAGAGCCGGUCGGCGCCCGCGGCUCACGCCGGCGAGGAGCGGCCGCCGGGCACGAGCCUGCGGCGGGUGCAAAGCGUGAAAGCGAACAGUCGCAGCGCCUACCGCAGCGGGACCCCGCCGCCGCCCGCAGCGCGGGACGACGUCCGCAAGGCGAGUAGCAUUUCUGAGAAGUCCGUCCAUUCCAGGGACCCGGCGGCGGCCAGCAGGGGCGCCAAACCGAGCUGGAAAUAACGCCGACGCGGCGGAAACCGAAAGAAAGAGAGACACCUCGACGGAGAGUUUUUAUUUCAAUCUUCUUCUGCUCCUACAAUGUGGACGGAUGUCCUCUCGUAAGAAAGGAACCUGAACACAAGUUUUAUGCUAUUCCCACACUGACGGUCCAGUAGAGGAAGAGCACGAUGCAAUGAACUGCUCAG